GAAUAGACGAUGAGAAUUGCAAAAAGCUAAAGUAGAAAUAAAUAGCAGAUGCACAUGUGGCAAGAAGAAUCUGCUCACCAUGUACAGUAUUUGCAACAGAAGACGUAUACCAGUUUGGAUAAGCCCGUACCCACUCUUUGCAAAAACUCCCCCAUUAUAAAUCCCCAUGCAAUUUACAACCCAAACCACCACUUCUGCUUCUUCUUCUCCGUUGUCUUCUUCUCACCACCACCACCCAUGGAGGCUGCUGAUCCUAGGAAAGAACACAAACUCACUUCUGAUCACUCUCUUCCUCCUCCUCCUCCUCCACCACCACCCUCUUCAACCUCUAUAAGAAAGAUUGUAGCAGUGGCCUCUAUAGCUGCUGGUAUCCAGUUUGGCUGGGCCUUGCAGCUCUCUCUUUUAACCCCUUAUGUUCAGCUUCUUGGUAUCCCUCACACUUGGGCUGCUUUCAUUUGGCUCUGUGGACCCAUUUCUGGAAUGCUUGUCCAGCCUGUUGUCGGCUACCACAGCGAUCGUUGCACCUCCCGGUUUGGCCGCCGUCGUCCUUUUAUUGCUGCUGGGGCUGCCUUCGUUGCUGUGGCUGUUUUCCUUAUUGGUUUUGCUGCUGACAUUGGCCAACUCUCUGGCGACCCUGUUGCUAAAAGCCCUAAACCACGAGCUAUUGCUGUGUUUGUGGUCGGGUUCUGGAUUCUUGACGUUGCUAAUAACAUGCUCCAGGGACCCUGCCGUGCCCUCCUCGCUGAUCUUUCUGGUGCCAAUCAGAAGAAGACACGUACAGCUAAUGCACUCUUCUCCUUCUUCAUGGCCGUCGGGAACGUUCUUGGCUACGCGGCGGGAUCCUACACCCAUUUAUACAAAAUCUUUCCAUUCACAAAGACUAAAGCUUGCGACGUUUAUUGUGCAAAUCUGAAAUCUUGUUUCUUUAUCUCAAUUGUCUUGCUUCUAACACUCACUGUAUUAGCUCUCACUUACGUUCGCGAAAAGCAAUGGUCUGCGGAACAGGGAAACACCACUGCCGGUGACGAUGAGGAUGAAGACGGGAAGUCGGAGUCUUCUCCGAUGCCGUUCUUCGGUGAGAUAUUUGCUGCUUUAAAGAACCUUCAAAGGCCCAUGUGGAUCCUUCUUCUGGUAACGUGCCUGAACUGGAUUGCAUGGUUUCCAUUUUUGUUGUUCGAUACUGAUUGGAUGGGAAGGGAGGUCUACGGCGGAGAUUCAAGCGGAACAGCCUAUCAGUUAAAGCUGUACGACCGUGGUGUGCGCGCCGGUGCACUGGGUCUGAUGCUUAACUCUGUGGUUUUGGGCUUCACCUCCCUCGGUGUGGAGGCGCUGGCGCGUGGGGUCGGAGGAGUGAAGAGACUGUGGGGUAUAGUGAAUUUCGUACUUGCAUUUUGUUUGUGCAUGACCAUCCUGAUCACAAAAUUAGCUGAAUCCCACAGAAGAUUCACCACCGUAGCAGGCGGCGCCACCAUUCCCUUGCCGCCACCCGGAGGCAUCAAGGCCGGUGCAUUGGCUCUCUUUGCGGUCAUGGGUGUACCUCAAGCUAUAACUUACAGCAUUCCUUUUGCAAUGGCAUCAAUAUUUUGUAACACUGCUGGUGCUGGUCAAGGACUUUCUUUGGGAGUUCUAAAUCUUUCAAUAGUUAUACCACAGAUGGUGGUGUCAGUAGCAAGUGGACCAUGGGAUGCAUUAUUUGGAGGAGGUAAUCUACCAGCUUUCGUAGUGGGAGCGGUAGCAGCCGCAGCCAGUGGAAUAUUUGCACUCACCUUACUUCCAUCUCCUCAAGCUGAUAUCCCCUCAGCCAAAGCUUCGAUGCCUGCCGCCUUCCAUUGAUUUUGAUCACCUCCGUUAAUUAGAAGGAUGCAUGUGAUCAGAUGGAUGUGUUAGGAGCUUUUUCUUUGUUAAUCUCUGAAAGUAGCAGCUUCUUUCUUCUUCCUUCUUUUUCUUUUCUGAUGUAUGUAAUGUAACAAAGGCCAAAACAAUGGCUAUGUCUUGUGAUGGUUCGUGUUGUACCAGUGAUUGUCAAUGGCCAACAAGGGUCAUUUUGAUGA